GGAUGGGCAGUGUGUGCUGAGUACCGGGUUUGGGGGGGUGGGGGGGAAGCUGAAAUUGUUCCCAAGCCCGGACUCCUGCUCAAUUCUCUCGCAAGCCUGCACUGACCUUGACACCAUGCACAGCCUCCAGAAGGACACUACCUUCACCAAGAUCUUUGUGGGCGGUUUGCCCUAUCACACUAACGACUCGUCCUUGCGGAAAUAUUUCGAGGUGUUUGGGGACAUCGAGGAGGCGGUGGUCAUUAGUGAUCGGCAGACCGGGAAAUCCAGGGGCUACGGCUUUGUCACCAUGGCAGACAGGGUGGCAGCGGACCGAGCAUGUAAAGAUCCCAAUCCCAUCAUUGAUGGCAGAAAAGCCAACGUCAAUCUAGCCUACCUGGGAGCAAAACCAAGAGCCAUACAAACUGGAUUUGCUUUGGGCGUCCAACAGAUACACCCAGCUCUGAUCCAGCGUCCCCUCGGGCUCACCACACAGUACGUGUACCCACAAGCGAUUGUGCAGCCUGGAGUCAUCCUUCCACCCCAGCUGCAGGGGGUGACCUCGCCUUUCAUUGACUAUACAUCGUCUGCCACCUACGCACAGUAUGCCGCCUAUGAUCAGUACCCAUAUGCCGCUUCGCCCGUGACUGGCUACCUUGGAUUUGGCUAUUCCGCUCUGCAGCAGCCUGUAAUAGGCGGGAGCCCCACCACCGCUGCCACAGCCGCUUUUGUUCAGUAUCCCCCUCAAUCUCUGCAACCUGACCGCAUGCAGUAGAGCAAACUGAGGAAGGAGCGUUCAUUGAUAAAAGGACCUCACUCCCAUUCAUGUGGGGAUGGGGAGGGUGGGGAGGUGGGCGCUGUUAUUCUAAGGUGAAAAGACACACAGGCGAUUCAUGGGAUGUUGCUGUCAGAUCUCUCUGGGUGACGAUGGAGAGUUAUUCUAAGUAGUAAUGGGAGCAGAUGGAAUCACCGGGGGACUGGGCUUCUCCACGACCCGUCAUCUCCAUCAGGUUACCUGCUCGGAAAGAAUUGCCUCCAGUCAGAAACUGAACGUUAUUCCGAUGCCAGGGUGGCGGACGGCUCCGUCUGUCUCUGUCUCUCCGUUACUGUCUGUCUGUGUUUCUCUCUCCAUUACACUGUCAGCCUACCUUUAGUCAGUCUUUUCCGCCCCCUCCCUUUCUCACUCGUGCUCUCUCUCUCUGUCCCUAGGUGAAUCUUGCUUUCAAUACCCACCUCUGCCUCUCUCCCCAAAUUUCAUAAUGUAUUCUCUCCUAAGCGCCACCUCAUAGAAUGAAGAGUAGCAGGCUGUCUAUUGUAAGGUACGAACUGCAACAAAAAUGCUGCAGUGACAUAUAAGAACACACACACUCAAAAACGCUAUUUUUGUUGUAUAAAGACCUCUAUUAUUUAUCAAUGCCUUACAGAGGAAAAGAAGUUUGUGACUACUUUUUAAUAUUUAUUGCAAAGAGCUGUGAAUCGCAACGGGGAAAGAGAAAAGUUAGUUGUUCAGCUACCAAUGCAUAAAUUAUUAUAAGUAGAUUAAAAAUUAAUAGGUUGCUAAUUAAUUUUGAUAUGCAAAAAGAGAACUUUGGAAGGGAAGCAACAUUUCUGUAGUCAGAACACUGAUCUAUUUUCUUAAUUUUAUAAUUAAUCUUAAGAUCAUCUCAACUUGGGUAUAUAUUUUUUAAAAAAGAGCUUUUUUUAAAAAGAAAGCUAAUUGUAUAUGAACCAAGGGUAAUUUCUAUCAACUUAAUGAUGCAGUAUUCAUCUCCGCAUUCUAUCUGAUACCCUUUUAAUGUCCAGGAAUUUCCUCAUUGUUUUAAAAGAAACCUGCUACUGGAUGCCUGUGGAUUUGGAUACCAAUUUUUUUUUAUACCCAGCUGAAAUGAAGGAGAAGUUUUAGGGUACAAAUGCAAUUUUUAAAAUAAUUUUGAAAAACCUUUAAAAAAGAAGCAGAAACGUUUUAGACAAAAAAAAGCUGCGAUUACAUUAAACAGCAUUCUUGUCAGACUCUAGCAGGUACUGAGAAAAAUAUUUUCAAUGUUGUAUUAAAGGAACUUAAAUAUCACACAAAA